GCAUGGUUGAUUUCUACAGGACUGAGUAAAAUACAACCGUUUUCGUAAAAUUAUUAUGAAAAUGGAGUGGAAACCUGAAGAAGAAGGACUAAGACAAAUACUUACACUUCUUAAGGAGUCUCAAUCACCAGACACUGCUACUCAAAGAGCAGUUCAACAAAAAUUGGAAGAAUUAAAUAAAUAUCCCGACUUCAACAACUAUUUAAUUUUUGUAUUGACAAAUUUGGUCACUGAAGCAGAACCAACAAGAUCUUUAAGCGGUUUAAUAUUGAAGAAUAACGUAAAAGCGCGUUAUAACAGCUUUUUACCUGAAGUAGCUGAGUUUAUUAAGCGAGAAUGCUUAUCAGCGGUUGGAGAUCCUUCCCCACUGAUUCGGGCUACUGUAGGUAUAAUUAUAACAACUAUAGCUAGCAAGGGAGAACUCACAUCAUGGCCAGAACUAUUGCCAGCAUUAUGUCAGAUGCUUGAUUCACAGGAUUACAAUGUUUGUGAGGGAGCAUUUGGGGCUCUACAGAAAAUAUGUGAAGACACAGCAGAGCUACUAGACAGUGAUGCCUUAAAUAGACCCUUAAAUGUUUUGAUACCUAAAUUCUUACAGUUUUUCCGUCACUCGUCACCUAAAAUAAGAUGUCAUGCUAUUGCCUGCGUCAAUUAUUUUAUUAUGGGAAGAACACAAGCAUUGAUGCUACAUAUUGAUUCCUUUAUAGAGAACUUAUUUCACUUGGCAGCAGACGAAGAUCCAGAUGUUAGAAAAAAUGUUUGUCAUGCUUUAGUGUUACUCCUAGAAGUUCGAUUAGAUCGACUCAUACCAUACUUACCUAACAUUAUCGAGUACAUGUUAAUGCGUACACAAGAUGCUGAAGAGGGUGUAGCUUUAGAAGCAUGUGAAUUUUGGUUAUCGUUAGCCGAACAGAAUGUUUGCAGAGAGGUGCUGGGCCCGCGCCUGCCCGCGCUGCUGCCGGUGCUGGUGCGCGGCAUGCGCUACUCGGUGAUGGACGUCAUCCUGCUGCGCGGAGACCGCGACGACGACGCCGACGACGCGGAGCCCGAUCGCGAGUCCGACAUCCGGCCGCGCUUCCACAAGCCGCGCUCGCACACCAUCAAGCAUAACGCCGGCGCGGGCGACAGCAACAUGUCGGGCGGCGGCGAGUCGGAGGACGAGGAGGAGGGCGGCGGCGACGACGACGGCUCGCUGUCCGACUGGAACCUGCGCAAGUGCAGCGCCGCCGCGCUCGACGUGCUCGCCAACGUGUUCGGCGCCGACCUGCUGCCCGUGCUGUUCCCCAUCCUCAAGGAGACGCUGUUCCACGACGACUGGGUCAUCAAGGAGAGCGGCAUCCUGGCGGUGGGCGCGGUGGCGGACGGCUGCAUGGGCGGCAUGGUGCCGCACCUGCCCGACCUGGUGCCCUACCUCGUGUGCUGCCUGGCCGAGAGCAAGGCGCUGGUGCGCGCCAUCACGUGCUGGACUCUGUCCCGCUACUCCCACUGGAUAGUGUCGCAGUCGCACGACCUCUACCUGCGACCCGUCAUGACCGAGCUUUUAAAACGAGUCCUGGAUAACAACAAACGCGUACAAGAAGCCGCGUGUUCCGCCUUCGCCACAUUAGAAGAAGAGGCUUGUACAGAACUCGUUCCAUACUUGGGCCACAUCCUGCAGACGUUAGUGUACGCUUUUGGCAGAUAUCAGCACAAAAACUUGUUAAUAUUGUACGACGCUAUCGGUACAUUAGCGGAUUCAGUGGGACACCAUUUAAACAAGCAGGAGUAUAUUGAUCUAUUGAUGCCGCCCCUUAUAACGAAGUGGAAUGUCUUAAAGGAUGAAGAUAAAGAUUUAUUUCCGUUACUUGAGUGUUUGUCAUCAGUCGCCACAGCUCUGCAGUCAGGAUUCCUACCGUAUUGUGAACCAGUUUUCAGGAGAUGUGUGUCACUAAUAGAACAAACAUUAAAUCAAAAUAUUGCAAACAGCCAGAGUCCAGAACAAUUCGAGGCACCAGACAAAGACUUUAUGAUAGUCGCUUUGGACUUGCUGAGCGGUCUCGCGGAAGGCUUGGACGGACACAUCAAUCAUUUAGUGUUGAACUCUAAUCUUAUGCAACUUUUGUACCAGUGUAUGCAGGAUCCAAUGCCAGAGGUUCGGCAAUCAUCGUUCGCGCUACUGGGCGACUUGACGAAGGCGUGCUUCCAACACGUGCUGCCCUACAUACCGGAGUUCCUGCCCAUACUCGGCAUGAACCUCAACCCCGAGCUCAUCUCAGUCUGCAACAACGCCACGUGGGCCAUCGGAGAGAUCAGCAUCAAACUAGGACCGGAAACAUCGAAGUACAUACCUCUCGUACUGAGUCAUCUCGUAGACAUCAUCAACAGGCCCAACACGCCUAAGACGUUACUCGAAAACACAGCGAUUACUAUCGGUCGGCUAGGUUAUGUGUGCCCCCACGACGUCGCACCCGUUUUACAUCAAUUCGUACGCCAGUGGUGCACGUCGCUGCGGAACAUCCGCGACAACGACGAGAAGGACUCUGCGUUCCGCGGCAUCUGCCAGAUGAUCCAGGUGAACCCGGGCGGCGUGGUGCCCGACUUCAUGUUCUUCUGCGACGCGGUGGCGUCGUGGUCGCACCCCAAGGACGACCUGAAGGAGAUGUUCACGAAGAUCCUGCACGGGUUCAAGGCGCAGGUGGGCGACGAGAACUGGCGCCGCUUCACGGACCAGUUCCCCGUGCAGCUCAGUGCGCGCCUGUCCGCCAUGUGCGGCAUCUAGGCGCCGGCCCGUAGCGAGACCGGAACGGAGUACGUUUGUUUAUUUUCGAAUUGAUUUUGUCGCGGACGGUGUCCCUCUCGCAACGUAGAGAGUCGUGGACGGUCCGUCGGUCGCCGUAAUAUUCCAUAGUGGAAACUUGUGAAAUUUUAAUAACAUAGUGCUGACGUUUAGCGUUGUUAUCGCACAUCGAAUCGGACCGAAGUCGUUUCGUGAUUAAAAUCGACGCGUGUUAGACCGUUCGAUAUCGAGUACGUAUGAUUGUCUGCUUUGGUUUGUGACGAGCGCGAUGUCGUCGCUGGUAUAUUAUAGCUUACAGUGGAGUCGAUGUCCAUAUGCCUUCGUAUGUAUUAAUUUUAGUACCGUUCUUGACGAUCACUGUUCUGCCAUUGUUUCGUGCGCUUGUGUUAUCUUAAAUAUUGACUAACAUUUGUACCAAGUGUAUCCCUUUAGACGUUAAUUGUGAACAUUUUAAUAGUUUUUGGAUAAUGUAUACUGAGAAAUUAACAAAAAAGUUUAUACACAUAUUUGUCUAAAAGCAUUUAUUCGUGUCUCCACUAGGCUUUUCUUUCGAUUAUAUUUUUAAGUAUAUAAAAAUUGAUGUGUUAACUACUAUUUUAAAAUACAAAUUACAAGACUUAGUAAAAUCGAGAAUUUAUGUCAACUGUGAUUUGUGACUGGUUUAUUUUGACUAAUAUAUGUGUACGAAUAUAUGUCGAUGUCGAUGUAGAUAUACUGCUUUGAUAGAUUUUACGCGGGCUAGAUAUCUGCUAUAUAAUAUACCAAAUAGUAUUUUUACGUUGUAUUUUAUUUAAUGGAUUUGUAUGUUGAGUUGCCCUCGUCGAAUGAAUUCUUGUGAUGUUGACUCUUGCUUCCUAUCAAAAUUGUAUAAUCUAUAUUUUUAUUAACAUUUAUUUUUCCCUUCGAAAAAUAACACCCUCGUCUGUGUAUCUAAAACGUAUAAAUAAUAAGUUUUAGAAAAAAAAAAAUCACACAUAGAAAAUAUAUGCAAUAUUAUUUGAUAUCGUGUAAAGAAAAGUAACUACUUAUAUAAUAUAUUAAAAAAGAAUAUUAGAAUAUGCUGGAAGUAAUAUUUUUUUGCAGUUGGCAUGGCGACGGUUGAUUCACGACGGGCAACUUGUACGAUUGAUAUAAAGUAUUGUUUAUGUGUAUAUUAAAUGAAAAUAUUUUUAUGUAUAUGUAAAUACAUAUUGAGUUGUAUAUUAUAUUACUAUAUGCAAAUAAAAUUGUUACCUUUUAUUUUUAUAAAAGCUAAAAGUCUGACUUUAAACACUUGUUAUGUCAUAUAUUUUUUUUUUCAGAUAUAUCAGGCUCCUUUCUAAAAAUUUGAAAUAAUGUCGAAAUAUAAAUGAAUACUAGUAUCGGUAAUUGAGAUCGUCAUGAAAUAUUUUAGAUCAUUUUUUUUUAAUAUUUUAAAAAGUUAUUGUAAUUAUUUUUAUAAAUACGAAAGACGUUUUAGAAGGGAGCCUGUCAAGUGGGGAUCUGAAAAUUUGUAGUUCGAUUGAACAUUAGUAUAUUUUGCAAUCGCGUAGGGUUAAGUAUGCAGUGGAAUAUUAAGGGUUUUUCGGGGAAACAGUUAAAUUUACAUUCCUUGGGGAUUUCAUUUAUUUUUCGGUCUCAUAUUCGAUUGAAAUUAUCCGGACGGUAUAUAUUAAUCGUUAUAUACAACUAAAUUGUGUGUAAUAUUCGUAUAUGUAUCACCCACAAGUGCGUCCCUGAUGUCCAAGUCGUUCCUCCCCCGAGUCCCGUCUAGUCCCAGUCCUCGUCGAGUGCCAACGAAGCCCGAUAGCGCCCGUUGCGGUAUGAGCGCUCACAUGAACGGAACGUGAGUAUUUCCACACGAAUGUAGGAACACGAACUUUUAAAGUAAAGUCAUAUUUUGGUAGCUCCACUUCUCCGAACUGCGGUUGAAAUUUUUAUAUCGGACACAUUAUUUUAUAAGCGAAACGCGAACUUUACGGGUGAUCUCGUAAUUUAUAUUUUAAGGUUAGUAGAUUUUGUCGACAUUUUUAAAUGUAGUAUCGUUUUCCUAAAAACCGUGAUAAUAGCUGUUUAAGUGUUUGCGUGAGUGUGUGAGUGAGCGAGGCGUUCGUGGGGCACUUCCCAUCCUCCGGCCGGUCUGCGUCUUAGUUGUAUCGUACAAUUGUGACCGUAAUGUUUUGUGUUGUGAAUCGUAAAUUUAAUUAAAUUUUGUACGUGGUUAAGACAUCAAUACCGUUUUUAUCGAGUUAUGUAUCUUUUUCUAAUACAAUUUGGUGAUUCUGGACAUUAUUCGAUUUACCUUAACGAGACCUCAUCCACGGUUAAAACUUUGAUAAAAUGUUGCAACAGAUUUUACAUGUUUUUUCGUAUUCUGUUUUCGAGUCACCAAGUUUCUAUUAACAAUUUUUUAAGCGUUGAAAUACAUAAAUUAUAAUUGGUCAGUACAUUUAAAAUCAUUUGAGACAAUCAUUCAAAUGGAAUAGAUUAUGAUGUCGCGUAGUUGUUUGUAUAAAUACUCGAAGCGCCUUCACCCUUGUUUGAUGUUUGAGGAUAUGUAUUUAGUCGUCGUCGAAAUUAAUUAUAUAAAUCGUACUUACAUGUAUCUAUUUUGAUAUUUGUAUUGUAUUUAUAAUAUUUAUGAAUAUUUUCUGUAAUACUUUAUUUAUUAGUUAUAUUUUAACUAUUAAACAAGUAAACGUCGCUUACAGUUGUCAGUUAUUGAAAAGAAUGUAGCUAUCGCAUGUGAAGCACUUAAAAUGGGGGCUGGUAGCUUUAGCCGAUUACAAUAGACUUAAAAUUUAAUCCGUUUAAUAGCAAAAAUUAGGUACGUAUUAAAUAAAAUGUAUUUUUAUUUUAUUUUGUAAAUUGUGCAUUGUUUAGUUACGAAUCUUCAAAGGCAUAUUUUUUUGGGUACUUCGUUUGUCUCGUACAAAUAGUUUUGAAAUGUUAGUACAGUAAAGAUUUUGUAUGUUUUUUUUUAGAACAGCUUGCUUCACGUUGAACAAAAACCAGAUUUGUAUAAUUCGAAAGCAUCGUAAUGUCCUUAGAUGAACUGUGAUCAUUAUACAAAUUCACUUAGGUACUAAUUUGUAUCACGAAACUAUCCAUUUCGAUUCAAUUCGUGCGAAACAAAAUUGUAUAUUAUAUACCUACUAAAGUCGCAAUGCAUUGUCAUGUGUUUUUAACUUGUUAAUAUUUUACACUUCAUAAACUAAAAAAUAAACCUCAGAAAAAUCAUUGAUUUAAAAAUCUUACAGUGAAAAGUUAAUGUUGUUUUGAUUUUCUUUAUCUGUUUGGUAAAAAAAAAAUUAUAAUAGAAUGUCUGCUUGUUUUCCGGCCCCCGUAAUGAGUUGUGGCUGUUUUUCGUUCGGUAGAUCUUGGGAGUACAGUCGAGUACAAAUUUCAUAUAAAAUCGAGAUUAAUAAAGUCAUUCCUACCUCUAAUCUAAGGCCUAAAUAGCCGAAGACGUGUCAACAAAUUCUUGUUAUUUUAUAAACAUAUAUAAAAAAAUAUAUCUGUACUCAUUUUUAUCAAAAUUGUCCAUAAUUUACAGUUUGCAGUUCAUACUGCGCAUCGUUUAGUGUACCUAUGUAUGUAUAAGUUCUGGUUGUAAUACAUUGACCUCACCAUAGACAUUCUUUUACCAUACAUUUCGUUAAUAAAGCACUCAUU